CCAGGGGCGGACCAUCUCCGGCUAUUACCGCUGAAUCUUGCUACAGACCCGAGGAUUCAACGGCCAUAACGGACAUAACGGACAUAACGCACUACGGCGGUUUCAGUCCCGUUAACAUGUCAAUGUCCGCGUUCCAAAAGGUGACGCUGGUCUCGUGUCUGGUGUUGUGCGUGGCGCUGCUUCUCCCUAAAAUGCUUUUGUCUCGAGACAAGAGAGACGCGUCACAGUCUGACGGGUCUGCGGGACAGUUCCCACCGAUGCUCCACAGGAAAGCUCCCCCUGAGCACGGGCCAGGGGGGCUCUUCUCUCGGCCCCACAAUCCAGAGGCCAUCGCCAGAGCUAAAGGCAAUGGGGCUGCUAGAGGAAAAUCUAACCUUGCAGGACAGAUAAUCCCAGUCUACGGAUUUGGAAUCCUUCUGUACAUCAUUUAUAUUAUUUUUAAGAUCACAUCCAAAGGUAAACCCACCCAGUCUCAUGAGAACAGGUUCUCUACUAUGAGAUCAGAAAAGAUGAAGAGAAAAAUUACGGACUUUGAGCUCACUCAGCUUCAAGAGAGACUCAAGGAGACAGAGGAUGCGAUGGAGAGAAUCGUGUCUAGAGCCCAAACUCAGCAUGGCAUCCCGGAGAGCACAGGACCUUUGAGUGUGGAUCCAUGCUGUAGAGUGGGACCUGUGAGUGUGGAUCUGUGCUGUAGCAUGGGACCUGUGAGUGUGGAUCUGUGCUGUAGCACGGGACCUGUGAGUGCAGAUCAGGAGGAAACGUUGCUGCUCCAGUUGAGGGAGAUCACCCGUGUGAUGCAGGCAGGACAGCUAUUGGAAGGGAUUCCCCUGGAGAGUGACAUGAUGGACUCCUAUGGUGAUCAGGAUUUGGAGGGCUCUCCUGAUGGGACAGAUUACUCUGCAGAGGCAAAAUAUAACAUGCACUUCUACACACGCCGUCAGGGCAGCAGCUGCCAAACAGAAGAACUACUUGGGGCUGCAGCCAUGGGGCAGGGCAGGCGGACAGCGGAGUCUGAGUCAGCCUUCUGCUAUGGCGAGAACAAUCCUGAUGACCCAAAUUCGCAAGCCUUAGGGGACCAUCAGGGACAUAAUGAAGAAUGUGUCAUCACAGAUGCUUGUGGUGAAGAGGUCCUAGCUGGUGAAAGGAUGACACUGGAGAGUUUGUUACCUUGGGCAGAUGAGACUAAAUACACAUAUUUCCACAGUGUAUCAGCAUCAGAAAAUAAAGAUGCUUCAUUUUCAGCAACAGUCUGAUCAGAUGGAGACCAAGAAGGAAGCAGUCAGAGUAAUUUUGUUUUUCUACCCACUUUCUUUUGCAUGAGAUUGUGACUUCAGUACUGCGAAAAACAGCUGUUUAGUAGGAAGAUUUUUACUAGAUCAAAAAGUGAGUGUAAUGCAUCUGUUUAAGACACUAAUUUGAAAUGAACUUUCCAGUGGCACUGUGUGCUUCUGAAGGACCAAACCUCACUCUUAACCCUUAUAAUCAGGCUUUAACAUGUAACAAUAUUUCAGCAUAUGAGAUGCAUUUUCACAUAUUCAUAUAUGAAAUAAAUGUUCUCAGGUGUUCUCAGGUGUUUGGUUAUUCAUGCAAAGCCACAUAUUGAGAAAAAAAACAUUUAUUGAAUUUAACACACAAAAAAACAAAGGCUUAUAACCAGAUGGCAGAGGGCAAUUUUGUUUAUCCAGAAUUAAAUGUUGUAGCUCCUCUGUGACUGGAGGUGUGGGGGGCACCUCAGU